UCUUCUUCUUCUUCUUCUUCUUCUUCUUCUUCUUCUUCUUCUUCUUCUCCAUCAUGUUUAAUGAACUUAAGUCGGGUAGGUUUUAAUGAUGACAGUAUUCUAGAUGAAAGACAGUUAUAUGAAGGACAGUUAUUGCCUUUAGCAUCGUCUACGCCCCAAAAAAGUAGAAAGAGAACUGAGAGCUUGUCACAACUUCAUCCACAUCUAACUUAUGAUGAAGCAAAACGGCCCGAAUUUGAGGAUGAUAGGCAAAGAAAUCUCCAACAGGGUGACGCAAGAAUAUCAUCUCUAUCAAGGUCUGGAGUAACUCCACCAGGAGCUACAGCGAGUGACAGAGUGUCAUCAGUUAAGCGUGAUGAAAAUAUUUCAGAUGAAAGAACUUUAUGGCCUUCCCACGCGAUAGAUACGCCCACAAAAUAUAGAGAGAGACUUGCACGUUUAUCUUCACGUCCUCAACGUGUAACAAACGGUGCAGCAAAAUGGCCCGAAGUUGCGGACACUACGGCUUUGUCUCAAAUAGAAUUUCCACAGGAAAAGGAAAUCGACGAAUUGAUUGAAACACACCCUGAUAGAAUUUCGAAACAAAAACCAUUAACUCCCGUUGGCCCUAUACCCUGGGAAAAUAUUCUGCGAAAGCAGGACUCAUCUUACAAGUUUCCCUCCGUUGACCUAAGUUGGUCCCAGAUGCUUCUUAGUGAUGAUGAAAUUCCCAGUGGGCGACGAAAGAGGAGGCGUUCACAUGAACCCAGUAUAGUCCAUGAUUCUUUAACACCUCGUAGACUAUCAGAUAUUUCAUAUGUUUACCAAGAACCUCACCUAGACUUAAUAAAUGUAUCUCCUGCAAUUGACGAAUUAUUUCGAGACGUAACUCCUUCAAGGCCUGGAGAACCUCCACCAGGAGAUACAGCUAGCCUCUCACCAGUUAAGUAUGAUGAAAACGAAAGCGUUAUUGAAGAAGAGAUAGAUAGACUUGAUGAAAUGAGGAGCGUUAUUGAAAAAGAGAUCGAUAUACUGGAUGAAAAAAGGAGUGUUACUGAAGAAGAGAUUGAUAGAUUGGAUGAAAUGAGGAGUGCUGCUGAAGAAGAGAUCGAUAGACUGGAUGAAAUUAGGAACGCUACUGAAGAAGAGAUCGAUAAACUGGAUGAAAUUAGGAGCGCCAUUGGGAAAGAAACCUACAGAUUGGAUGAAAUGAGGGGUGCUACUGAAGAAGAGAUCGAAAGAGCGGAUGAAAAAAGAAGCGUUACUGAAGAAGUGAUCGAUGGACUGGAUGAAAUGAGAAGCGUUACUGAAGAGAUCGAUGGACUGGAUGAAAAGAGGAGCGUUACUGAAGAAGAGAUCGAUAGACUGGAUGAAAUUAGGAACGCUAUUGGAACAGAAAUUGAAAGACUGGAUGAAAUUAGGGGUUUUACUGAAGAAGAACUCGAAAGACUGGAUGGAAUGAGAAGCGUUACUGAAGAAGAGAUCGAUAGACUGGAUGAAAUGAGGAGCGUUAUUGAAACACAAACUGAAAAGACAGACGAUAGAAUUUCGCCACAAAGGCAUCACAAAUAUCUGUCCGAAACAUUACCAGCACUACAACGCAGUCCUUUACGCAUAACCCCUGAUUAUCCUCUUUCUCGCACAUUACCAAUCGUUAAAAUAUCAGAGUUUUCAGACCCUUACCGUCCUGCCACUCGUGCUAGCAUCCCCCCCAAAUCUCAAAUGUCACCACGUUACCGACAGCCACAAGAAAUAUUAUUACGCACUUCCACUGAUGCUAGUGUAUCACCAGUCAGUUCCGAGGAACCCAGUUUGUUAUCAGAUGACCUUAUAGAUCAGUCACUAUCACCUUUCAGCAAAAUAUCUGACAUUUCUUUAAUUUUGUCAGAACCUAGUGUAAACGUACCAUACGAAGAUUCUGAAAGUAUAGUUCCUGGGGUGUUCCCAGAGAAUAUUCCAAAUAUUUUAGAAGCAUACGAAGAAAAAGAUUCUGAAAGCGUUUUGCGUGAUAUUUUUGCUCUACCACCUAUUUCAGAUGAAUUUCAAGAAGAGGAUGCUAAAGAUGAAGGUUCGAGCCAUUAUGAGAGUUGGGAAGAGUUUCCAGAGGAGGAAUAUAUUACAAGCAUUCCGGAAGAAUCUAAGCAAAAUACCGAAAGGGUAUUACAAGCAAUUGCAGAUCUAUCAUCGAUUGAGGGAGAUUCUGAAAACGCAGUGUUUGCAUCUCAAAUAACAAAACCAAGUCCUUUAGAUUUAGGUGUGAAACAACUGUUUAGCAAGUUACGUUCAUUUAUUGCCUAUAAAUUAUCGAUUGGGGAAGAUCCAAAUGCAGAGCUUCCUGAAGAAGAAGAUACCCGUGGAAUUUACUUAGCUGUAAAGAAUCUGCAUGAAAGGAUGCAUGCGGAAGAUCGCCUUCAAUCGAACUUAGCUAAGCCGGAAGUUGGAGAAAAAGAGACUUCACCGGUUAGAGUACGAAAGCCUAGAGUGACAAAGCCAAAAGUACCAAAGACUAAAGGGCCAGAACCUACAACGGCUAGAGUACGAAAGCCGAGAGUACCAAAGCCUAGAGUUCCAAAGUCUUCACCGGUUAGAGUACCAGAGCUAUCACCAGUUAGAGAACCAGAACCUACAACGGCCAGAGUACGAAAGCCGAGAGUACCAAAGCCUAGAGUUCCAAAGCCUUCACCGGUUAGAGUACCAGAGUUAUCACCAGUUAGAGAACCAGAACCUACAACGGCUAGAGUACGAAAGCCGAGAGUACCAAAGCCUAGAGUUCCAAAGCCUUCACCAGUUAGAGAACCAGAGCCAUCACCAGUUAGAGGACCAGAGCCUGCACCGGUAAGAGUACGAAAGCCAAGAGUAACAAAGCCUAGAGUACCAAAGUCUAGAGUACGCGAGGUUUCACCGGCUAGAGAACCAGAGCUUUCACCAGUUAGAGAACUGGAACCUUCACCAGUUAGAAAACCAGAGCCUGCACCGGUUAGAGUACGAAAGCCAAGAAGAAGCAGAACCUGCACCGGUUCGAGUACGAAUGCCAAGAGUAACAAGGCCGAGAGUACCAAAGCCGAAAGUAGGAAGGCCGAGAAUACGCAGCGUUUCACCAGAUACAUUACAUUUGCUUUUACAACUUGGAUCCCCAGAGUCUAG